AUGGAAAAUCUGAAUACUACAGUGACCUACUUCAUUCUGUCUGGCUUUUCAUACAAUAUUCCAGUACAGAUGUUUCUUUUUCUUGUGUUUUCACUCAUUUAUGCAGUGACAUUAAUGGGGAAUAUGAUUAUUAUGUUGGUAAUAAAUAACUGCAGUCAUCUUCAAAACCCCAUGUACUUUUUUCUGAGUCAUCUUUCUUUUCUGGAUAUUUGCUAUUCCUCAGUCACAGUCCCUAAAGUUCUUCUGAAUUUCUUUGAUGGUCAAACCAUUUCAUAUAACAACUGCAUUACUCAGAUGUUUUUUAUUCUUCUGACAGGAGGCGCAGAAGUUUUUAUUCUUACAGCAAUGGCUUAUGACCGAUACAUUGCCGUACAUGACCCACUUCAUUAUAUAGAAAGAAUGAACACAUUAUUUUGUAAACAGUUAGUGGGAAGUGCAUGGGCAACUGGGUUUUUCUAUGCUGUUGCAAAUACAGUGCCUAUGCUGAAGCUAGUGUUCUGUGGUCCAAAUACUAUCAGACACUUCUCCUGUGAAUUUCCAUCUCUUCUUGCCUUGUCCUGCACUGAAACCAUAACAAGUAAAAUUAUGUUCUAUGUUACUGGUGGUAUAGUUGGGAUGUUCACAUUCUCACUUACUCUGGUGUCCUAUGUCAACAUUUUCAUCACAAUCCUGAAGAUGAAUUCAGCAGAAGCUAAGAAGAAAACCUUCUCCACCUGCAGUUCUCAUCUCAUCGUGGUGGCUUUAUUCUAUGUGACUGGCUACUUUCGGUAUCUAAGACCCAGUUCAAUCUCUUCAGUGGUUAUGGAUGAACUCUUCUCUGUGCAAUACAGUAUUUCUACACCCAUGUUAAACCCAAUUAUCUACAGUCUGAAGACUAAAGAAGUAAAGGAGGCCAUUAAACACCUGCUGAAUAUUAAGCAAAUAAACCAAUGA